GUUGUCAAAGAAGAAAAAUAUGAGUAAUCCUAACACCGAUGAUCAGCAGAAGAAAUACAAAGGCGUUCGCCGCCGAAAAUGGGGGAAGUUUGUGUCGGAGAUUCGUGUUCCGGGCACGCAAGAGCGCCUCUGGUUAGGUUCGUAUUCUACUGCUGAAGCUGCUGCUGUUGCUCACGAUGUAGCUUCUUACUGCUUAAAAUCAGGAGAUGAUGGCCGGUUGAAUUUUCCGUUGAUGCUUCCGGCGACUGUUAGAGCUGAUAUGUCUCCUCGGUCCAUACAGAGAGCUGCAUCGGAUGCUGGCAUGGCCAUUGAUGCACAGAUGAUUUUGAACAACGCUUCGAGUCAGAAUGAUGAAUGCAGCCGAUCUGUUGAGGAUUAUGGGAACUGGAGCGGAGGUGAUCAGUCUAGAGAUGGUGAAGAGGGUUUAAACAUUUCUGUUGAAGAUUAUUUAUAGUUAAUUACAUUACAUUUUUCUCAUAAAAAUGCUGUGUGUAUAUAUACAUAUCAUUAAAUUAUUACAAAAAUGAUAAACUUAGCUCUACAAGUUAUGAUUCUA